CACGUGUAUAGAAUCAUUGAAUCUUCUAGAUUUUUCUAGGUCAUUUUGUUAAAUAAACCCAGUUAAAUAACCCUUUUUUUUCACCCCCUUUCCUUCGAUUCUGCACUCUUCUGCUCUGCCGUUGGAUAUUCACCUGUUCUUGCAUCUUCAAAUCUAAACUAAAGCUAUUAUGGCGGAGGAGAACCAAGUUGUAGGUUGCCACAGCAAAACCGAGUGGACAGACCAUUUUGAGAAGGGAAAGGAGUCAAAGAAACUGGUAGUGGUUGAUUUCACUGCUUCAUGGUGCGGACCCUGCCGUGCCAUUACGCCAAUCCUGACCGACCUGGCUAAGAAGACACCGAAUGUGGUGUUCCUGAAAGUUGAUGUCGAUGAGUUGGAGGAUGUUGCUAAGGAGUGGGAAAUCGAGGCAAUGCCGACCCUUUUGUUCCUGAAAGAAGGGAAGAUUGUUGACAAGAUUGUGGGAGCUAAGAAGGAUGAGCUUAUUGAUAAAGUUGCAAAGCAUUCAGCUCUGGCUUCUGCUUGACUUUGAUUGAGAUCAGAAGUGUUUACUAUUUACUUGUUAUAUUGUCUUGUCUUGUGAUGUUUCUUAUAGACAUUUUCCUUCUGUUUGCUUAUGUAUCAGCUUUGGAUGUUGUUAAUUCUACUUCUGUAGUUGGUCAUUUUGCUAUGCAUAUAUAAACUUUACCUUUGUUGUCUUUA